UAAGCCUCUCACCAUCCCAGGACAAAUCAAGGUGUAUUUCUUCGUCUGCAAUUUGAUAAUUCUUACACGUAAAAGCUCUGUUCAACAUUUGACAGUAGCGAUUUUCCUUUGAAAUAUUAAUUGUUGCAAAGUGUUAGCGAAACCGAAAACACCAUUUGGAGGAAAAUGUCAAAAAUCGAGGAAGGAAAUGCGCAUAUUCGACAGGCAGAAAAAAGUUUGAAAACCAGUUUGCUGAAAUGGAGACCAGACUUUGAGGUCGCUGCUGAUGAAUAUACUCACGCAGCGACCUGCUUUCGAAUUGUCAAAUCCUAUCAACAAUGCAAGGAUUGCUUGAUGAAGGCAUCUGAUUGUUUCAAACAAAAUCGAUCUUGGUUCCAUGCUGCUAAGAAUAUCGAACAAGCUUUGCUGAUUAGCAAAGAAAUGGGAGCUCUUUCAGAAGUACCAAAACUGGCACAUGCUGCUUGUUCUCUUUACCAACAACAUGGUUCUCCAGAGUCUGGCGCAACAGUUUUGGAUAAAGGAGCAAAAAUGAUAGAAUCUACGGAUCCUGAACAUGCUUUAGAACUAUACAAGCGAGCAGCAGAUGUUGUUAUGGGAGAAGACAGUCCACGACAAGCGGCAGAAUAUAUGAGCAAAGCCGCAAGAAUUUUAGUGAAACUGAAAAUGUAUGAUCAGGCAGCAGACGCGGUUCGUAGAGAAAUUGGCAUGCACCAGCAAAUCGAUCACGUUCCCUCGGUUGGUCGGUUGGCAGUAGCUUUAGUUUUGGUUCAACUAGCACGAGGUGAUCAGGUAGCUGCCGAGAAAGCCUUUAAAGAAUGGGGAAACUACUGUGACGCACCAGAGGUUCAGACGCUGGAAAUGUUAUUACAAGCCUAUGACAACGAAGAUGCGGAUGCAGCUAGAUCAGCCUUGAACAGUCCUUUUAUUAAACACAUGGACGUGGAAUAUGCGAAAUUAGCUAGGGGACUUCCUCUACCUCAGCAGGAAUAUGCUAUACCUCCUGCAGGAAUUCGACCCAAUGCAGCUGAGUCUUAUAUUUCGCCUAAUGCCAGCAAACUCACGGGUCAAGCUACAGUCGAAGCGGAAGUUAAUCAUGAAAACCAAGAAGGUUUGUUAGAAGAAACCAGAGAACCCCAAGCUAAAGCAGCAGAUUCGAGUCCAGUAGCAGAAUCGAGUACAGUGGCAGAAUCGAGUUCACCACCAGUUCAUUCUGAACCAGCCAAUCAAGAAGAGGAGGACGACUACGAAGGAGGAUUAUGUUGAUCUUCUUCAUUCCAUAAUAUCCUAGCUCUUAACUUAGCUUUAUUAAUGAAACUUUGGCAAUUCUUCCUCUCCGUAGGACAUCUAUCCUUUUAAUUUAAAGAUUUAACGUUACAUAGAAUUUUUUUUAAAUAAGGCUGAUAAAGAGUUUUUGAACGAAAACUAUACAUAAAGAAGUAAUAAGCAAUCAAGAGCUUUGAAAAGAAACAUUCCCUAGACAUUUUUGCAAACUUAUCCCUAAUUCUUGCACAUCAUUGAUGUUGUCCAACGGAUUCCAUCACUUAAAUGAAAAACUAAUGAUCAGGAGAAAAAAAAAGAUAAACCUAUCGAAUAUAGCUAUCGUUUAGUAUAUAAAAAGGUACUGCAGAAAGAUUAGUAUCUAUGUUACUGAUAUUAUAAUUCAUUCGUUAAAUAAUUUAAUUGAUGUACCUAAAAAAGAGUGUAUUUAUCUUUAUUAUGGAAAGGCUUAAAAGAAAAAUAUAAAUGAUUCUAGUCUAAAUGCUUGAGAUUCAUUUCAAGCACAAGAUGUACUUCUCAAGGAUUUUGUUAAGUUUUUCACGAUACUUGCACAGUUUUUUUAAUUAUCGUGGAAGUAUAAUUAGUCUUGGAAAAUAUUCCAAAGUUUUUUCAAAUAAUUAAAGAUUUAGAUUGAUAGAUGAUAGACUGGAGUUGAAAAAUUUGUAUUUACAAUAUUUCCCUGUUUAAGUAUCUAACACAUGAAUCGAAAAAAAUAUUGUAUCGCUCAUUUCAGUUAAAAGAAGGAAAUAAAGAGAUUUUUAAAGA